GGCAUCGCAAAGUUGACCAGCGAAAGUUAUAAAGGGUAACGACUGCGGCGGCGCAGCGGCAGUAAACUGUUGUUGUAGUUGUCAAGUGGUACCGGCACUCCGUUGUAUCUCGUCAAGAUGUUCAGAUACCUGAUUGUUGGAUUCUUUGUGGGAUAUGUGAUUGCAUACCCAGAGGGCGCCCCAGAAGGUGCUUGUGGAAAUCUCGCACCGCAGCAUGGUGCUCCUGUCCAACAGAAUCCCGGCUUCACGAUCGCUUAUAGUCAACCAAACAAUGGUGUUUACACAGUUACCCUCAAUGCUCCCGCUAACAAACCCUUCAAAGGCUUCAUCAUUCAAGCAUUUGAUUCUAGAGAUGGGAGAACACCUGUAGGUCAGUUUGCAGCACCAAAUGGUUCUCAAGCUAAAAUCAUUUGUAAUGGGUCUGGAGCCACCCAUACAAACAGUAAUCCUCUUCCUGGCGUUCAGCUUCAGUGGAAAGGAACUCCCGGUACCAAGGUAUACUUCAAGGCAACUGUUGUUGUGGAGUACCAUGAGAUCUAUGGUGAUAUCGUGUCUGCUGAAUUCACAGCCUAAUGAAUAUACUUCCCAUGUAAGUGACUGGUUUGGUAACUUUAAAGAAGUCAUUUUUCCAUGGUAGAUGCUUUGUUGUGUUAGUUGUUAUUAAGAACCAGAAAGUCUCUUUUUAGUUUGUAAAGAUUAUAUUUUCCUUAUUUGUUACACUUUCCUGAAAGAAUUAUGGAUGUUUAAGCAGUCUGCUGUUUUCAUGGUAUCAUCAUUUAUAUGUAAUUUAUGUCAUAGCCGUCUGCGUCAAUCAUUGGAAAAGUAAUCAGCUUUUUUGCACUUUUGCCAUGAUAUUUGUUUAUUAUAAAUGUAGUAAUGAUACCCUGUUAUUAAAGGUGAAUAUUCCUUAUGGAUUUAAUAUAUCAUUCUAAAACAUUUUCGUUUUAAUAAAAUGAUAGGCUGACAUCAGCAUGAAUUUGUUUGUUACUUGAAGAAAUAAAUUUGUAACCAAAA